AUUGUGGUGAAGCUUACGAUUAAUGGCCCUGAUACACGCAAGCAUGGAUUACAAAAACGAAGGCCACAGCGGGGUCAACCAGCUGGGUGGCAUCUUCGUGGGCGGAAGACCUCUGCCCGAUUCCACCCGGCAACGCAUCGUUGAGCUAGCGCAUGCCGGCGCACGGCCGUGCGACAUCUCGCGGAUCCUGCAGGUGUCCAACGGAUGCGUCAGUAAGAUUCUGGGCAGGUACUAUGAAACCGGAAGCAUCCGACCACGCGCCAUAGGGGGCUCCAAACCGCGUGUUGCUACACCGGAGGUGGUUCAUAAGAUUUCGAUGUUCAAACAGAACUGUCCAAACAUUUUUGCUUGGGAAAUUCGGGACAAACUGUUAAACGAACACAUCUGUACUCCGGAGAACAUUCCCAGCGUUUCCUCCAUCAAUCGAGUGCUGAGGAACUUGGCCGCCCAGAAGGAAUUCAGCAAGAAACCCCACACACACGAAUCCGCCUCCGAUGAAUCGAACUACUUGUCCACUAAGCCAUUGAAUGACGGUUCGCCAUAUAUCCAUUACAAAUACGGAGAAAACUCUGAGAUCAAGCCGACUAGCAAUGAACCCAAUAAGAGCCCCUACGGAAAGCACUGCUUCACAAACUUGGACUCACCGGUUGGACUCGCUUCGGGGAGCGGGCUAAAGGCAUCGCAAGCUCCACCUCCUCCACCGCCGGUCAAUUUCGACAGUGACUCGGAACGGCUCAGUCUCAAGCGCAAACUACAACGCAAUCGAACCUCCUUCACCGUGGAUCAGAUCGAGUACUUGGAGAAGGAGUUCGAACGGACGCACUAUCCGGACGUUUUCUCCCGUGAACGUUUGUCUUCCAAAACCAAUCUACCUGAAGCUCGAAUACAGGUCUGGUUCUCCAACCGUCGAGCCAAGUGGCGACGAGAGGAAAAACAACGCUCGCAAGCAGUUACCGAAGGUUCUUCCAUGGCGGCGUCGGUUUCCGCCGGCACCGCACCAACACCAUCCACCGUUUCGUCUUGCAUGAAUUUGACCUCCCCCCUCGUUCCACAUGUAUAUGAUUCCAACAUGUGCGUGGAAGAUUCCAACAGUAAUUAUCUGAGCAAAAACUAUCCCCUAGAGCCGACCGCCUUCCAGAACCUUGGCACACUGAAAUCUCCCCAAUCCCAUCAACCUCAAACCCAUUCGCCGAUGUCUUUCAAACUGUUCCCCACCAACACGGGCGGUGGAUCUGUCACGCCGAGCACCUCCACGGGCGGCGGUGGCGUUGGUGGUGUCGUCGGUGCGGGAACCUCAAACACCCUGCACGACGCCAACCUACUGGACGCGGUUGGUCUCUCCAAUAACGGUGGUUUCGCACACGUACCUACCUCGGACGACAAGUCCCUGUACAACCAUUUUGCCUACUCGGCUUCGUCCGCAGCGGUGGCAGUCGCAGCCAACAUGCACCACUCGGCUGCGUACUCGGUAGCCGCGGCGGCUGCGGCUGACCAUCACCAUCAUCAUCACCAUCACCAGUCCUACAACGGGAUGUACCUGAAGAACCAGCUCUACAACAUCCCCACCAAUGGCGUGCUGAGCUUCCAGUCGACCCUCGACUGGAACAAGAGUUAAUGGUAGGCGUCUCGGGGCUGCAGCGCUGAAGGCCUCCCAAGUUCUUGCUCUGAGCGAGAGCGCUGAUCGAUGAUGAUGAUGAUGAUGAUAACGAUGACUAAUUUGAUGAUGAUGAUUGCCAUAACCGAUUGCCAUAGCAGUAUUUGUGGUGCGCGCUCUGAUCUUCUUGAUUAUUGAUACAAAAAAACACUAAAUAUGUUGAAACCCGAUGACACAAAAUAUAUAGAUAUUGAUGAAACACAAACGUGAUCAGUUUUUGCUAAAAGUGAUGGUUGUUCGUAUUAUACAUAUAUCAAAUUGAAACAACAAAGUAUUAUUUUUGCGUCUAAUUACAUCUAUUACAUGCUGUGAAACAAAAUGAUGAACGGAUGCGUUAGGAGAAUUUAAUAUUUUAAUAAUGACCUCUUAUGUAAGGUAAAUAAUUGAGGGAAGCAAAUGCAUAUAUAUUAGAUCAAUAUUACAGCUCCAAGUAAACUUGUAACUGAAAUGUACAAUAAAGCACAUUAUUA